GGUCGCAACUCAGUCUGCCGCAGUCCGCCGUCGUGGUGGUGUCGGGGAGUGUGUGCGUGUAAGCCGGUCGGAUCGUUGGAACUUCUGCGUCAGGGUAGUGAGCUUGCCUUGUAAGUGAUUAGAAAGCCGGGUGCCGACCAGAGCCUCGAAGUGCAACACUGCAAGCUUCGUCUCAGUCGUUGUGUCACUGCGGGUUCAGCACACAACCAUCUAACCACGGCUCCUGCAGGUAACUGCAGAGCCGGCGGCGGAGGGCGGGGAGGCGUGGCGCCAGGUCGGGCCGGUCGGCGGCAGCGGUUACCAGCGCGGAGGCUCAGCAGAAUACCUCAUGAAGCCGGACAGAAGCGGUAGCGGUAGCGGCGGAGGUGGGGGAGGGGACGGGGGCGGGGAGCGGUCGGCGCUGGCCGCUGCCGUUCCGCCCUCCUACGACUCCUGCGCGCGGGUGGAUGAUGAGGAAGAAUUUGCUGAUGAGCCGGCGGUGGUCCGCGAAGCGCUGGCAAUGGAGUCGGCGCACCAUGCCGGCACUAUGACACAGAUGGAUGCUAUACUAUUCAUCGUUGGAGAACUUGCUGGCGCUGGCCUGCUGGCACUCAGCGAGGCGCUCUCGAACACAGGUGUAAUCGGCAUCCUGUUGAUUCUAAUGUGUGCCAGCGCUGCGGCCUAUACGGGUGGCCUACUGGGGCGCACCUGGAUCUACCUGGAGAGCCAGUACGCUGAUCUCAGCACGGGACACGUGCGACAACCGUACGCCGAGAUGGGACGGCGCACCUACGGCUCGUGGAUGGGGCGGGUCAUCCUGACACUGAUGAACAUCACACUGUUCGGCACCAGCGUGGUGCUGCUGCUGGUCUCUGCCGAGCUGAUACAGCAGCUGGCUGCCGGCGCCCUGGACACGUGUAUCUGGGUCCUGGUGCUCACCAUGGUGCUGACCCCAGUCACGUGGCUGGGGUCCCCACAGCACCUCAGGGCGCCGGCCAUGUUCGCGCUGGUGUCGGUGGUGGCUGGUGCCGUGCUGAUGGUGGUGCAGAUGGUGACAUUCCCGCCGGAGGAGCGGCCGCACGUGCCGCUUUCGCCGCCCAGCCUGUCCACCUUCUGUCUCGGUCUGAGCACCAUCAUGUUCAGCUUUACGGGCGUGUCCACGUUCCCCACCAUUCAACUGGAUAUGGCCGAGCGGGCCCGGUUCAGCCGCGCUGCCGUCGGAGGGUUCGCAGGUCUCUGCAUGGUGUACGUCCCGGUGGCCGCCACCGGCUACAUGGUGUACGGAGACACGGUCAACAUCAACCUGAUCCAGAACUUUACACCCGGACCGCUGCUCAUCGUCAUCCAGGUGCUGCUAACCGUCCAUUUUCUGGGUGCCUUUGUCAUGCUGAUCAACCCGGUGUGUCAGAAUUUGGAGGGAGCGCUGCACGUAUCCGGUACUAGCGGUCUCACUCGUCAGCGCGUCUUACUCCGUUCUGGCCUCAUGCUGAUGGCAUUAUUCAUGGCCGAGACGGUGCCCAGCUUCGGCAAAAUCAUGCAUCUGAUAGGCGGCACGUUCACGCUCAUGUUGACGUUCAUCCUGCCGUCACUGCUGUACAUUCGACUGCGUGGAGAGUACAGAGGAACCAGCAAACACGGAUACAAGCGGUACCUGGUGAAGCGAUUCUACCUCUCCUCACUCUGCCUACUCUGCGUGGCUCUCUCUAGCGUAGUCGUCUACUAUUCGGUGGACGAGAUUGUCGCCCCCGGAACCUUCCAGACCCCGUGCUACCUCCGAUGGUGGUUGGGACCCGGCGCCGGUGACUUGGAUGGGUUAAACAGCACCACCACCGUCACUGAUGUCCUGAACGUCACAGUGCCCAGUGAUAUAUGAUGAUGUUCAAUAUUAGUAGGAGGAGACGUCAAUACUUUGGGGCCAGUGCUGGUCCUUUGCUGUGUAGUGUGCAUGUGCAUGUUGAUUACAAAGCUACUCAUUGCUAACGGGCAUUUGGGCCCCACAAUGCCCACUCUGCGUCUUCGCGUAUGCAUUGAUAAGUUACUAUGUAAACAAUGCGUCUUCGUUCUGUUUAUUAUCUGAUAUUGCUGUCUGCUGUAUGAUAAGGUUCAGAUCAGCGUUUGACCACUGAGUCCACAGCCAACCAUUCCACUAUGUAAGGGAGAUAAUGCACCUGUAUUGUGCAAAUAUGAUCUGCAUUUAGAAACUUUUC